AAUGAAUGUAAACUUUUUUUUUUAUAUAUUUCGAUUUUGUAUCUAUCAGGUUGGUGAUCAGUCGAGUCCGAACUUAUCCGCGAGUUAGUUAAGUUUAGCCACCGAUUAAAUAAUUCACACAAAAUGGCCGCAGACAUACCAAGACGUGAACUUGAAAGUAUCGAUCAAGUACUUGAUAUAUACAUUAACAUCGGUGAAAAGGGCCUCGAUGCCAAUGAUCUUGGUGAUGCAUUGCGUGCUCUCAACUUAAAUCCAACUUUAGCUUUUAUUGAAAAAUUGGGUGGUACGAAAAAGAGGAAUGAAAAGAAAAUCACAAAAGAUGAAUUCCUUCAAAUUUAUGCCACAGUCAGAAAAGAAAAAGAACAAGGUUGCUAUGAAGAUUUCCUUGAAUGUUUAAAAUUGUACGAUAAAGAAGAAAAUGGUACCAUGCUUCUUGCUGAAUUGAAUCACAUUCUUAUGUCCCUAGGUGAAACUUUAGAUCAAGAACAAGUUGAUGAACUCUUCAAAGAUUGCAUGGAUCCAGAAGAUGAAGAAGGUUUUAUCCCAUAUGCCCAAUUCCUUCAAAGAAUGAUGACCUCACCAAUCAAAUGGUAACUUAAUUAAUAUCUUUCUUGCAAAAGAUGACCGGUGCAACACCAAUCGUUCAUGAAGAAGAGGAACCAGAACCGGCACCUGAAUCUUAAAAAUACUAUCAAAAUAAAAAAAAAAUUGUUUUUUAAUUUCAUCGACAAAAAAAUUUUUACAUAAUUUAUAUAUUUUUAAUAUAAUAUAAAUAAAAUUAAAUAAUAAUUUUUAGAAAAUAUAUAUAUAUAUAUAUAUAUAUAUAUUAAUACAUCCAAAUAUAUAUGUAGAUAUAUAUACAAUUAAAACAAAAAAGAAUUUAUUAAUUAAAAAUUGCAAUCCAGAUAUACAAUUGAAAAAAAUAUCCGAAAAAAACAUAUAAAUAUAAAAUAAAUUUUCAAUUUAUUUCGUGCUCUUAUUUCAUUUACUUGAAAGGGGAGAAAGAAGAUCGACACGCACACAAAAAACCUAAAAUUUAUAAACUAAAGAAAAUCCAUUUUUAAAAAAAAAAACAUUAAAAUUAAAAAAAAAUUAUGUAAAACAAAAAUAACAUCAUUUUCUUUUUUUAUCACAUUCAAUAAAAAAAUAUCUAAGCUACAUCAUUAGGGAAAACAACAAUUACCAACCUAUUAAAAUCCGUUUACUAAUAUCGAAAUUUUAUGGUAGUUAUUAAAAAAGAAACAACUUUAUCUGCGCAUUUAUACAUACAAAAUAUUGUAUAGAAAGAGUCCACAAGUUUUAUACGGCCGUUUUGGGUGACAUUUUUUUGGAAUUUUUAUUAUAAUUCUAUUUUUUUUUAAAUAUUAAUUUAAUAUUAA